AUGCCAUCCAUCAAAGGAUCUACGGUACUUGUCAUUGGCGGUUCGUCGGGAAUCGGUUACGGAGUGGCAGAGAAGUGCCUUUUGGAGGGCGCAAUCAUCUAUAUAGCAUCUUCCAAUGCAUCCUAUGCGGGCAAGAAAAUCACUGCACAUGUCUGCGACCUCGCUGACGAAGACGUCAAACAAAACCUUGAGCGACUCCUUUCCGAUAUUGGCUUACUUGACCAUAUCAUCUUCACCGCAGGCGAUGCUCUUCCCAUCCAGCCUCUGGACACUAUCAAUCUUGAUAUCAUCUGCCGGGCAGCUAAGCUGACACCGCGGUUCGUCAAAGCCGGCCCUAAGUCGUCUCUCAUGUUUACAACGGGGGCUGGAUAUCUCACAGGACUUCAUGGGAUUACGCGGAAUCUUGCCUUGGACCUUAAACCGCUCAGGGUCAACUUAGUGUGUUCAGGGCUGGUUGCUACACCUCUCUGGGCGUCUGAUGGCGUGCCUGAUAACAUGAAAGACGGCACCACUUUGGGGAAAGUGGGCAGAGUUGAAGAAGUUGCUAAAGCUUAUGUCUAUUUUAUAAAGGACAUAAAUUCUACAGGAGCCUGUAUUGGCACUAAUACUGGGUCUCUCUUACUAUGGUCUCCACAACAAUGCAAGUAUUUGGUUCCCUGUGACCUCUGGGUAUGUAGCCACUUGUAG